AUGGUCAGCUCCUGUUGUGGCUCUGUCUGCUCUGAGGAGAGCUGUGGCCAAGGCUGCUGCCAGCCCACCUGCUGCAGGCCCACCUGCUGCAGGCCCACCUGCUGCAGGCCCACCUGCUGUGUGUCCAGCUGCUGCAGACCCAGCUGCUGCCAGUCUGUGUGCUGCCAGCCCACCUGUUGCCGCCCCAGCUGCUGCAUUUCUAGCUGCUGCAGGCCUUCCUGCUGCCGCCCCAGCUGCUGUCGCCCUAGCUGCUGUGUGUCCAGCUGCUGCAGGCCCAGCUGCUGCCAGUCUGUGUGCUGCCAGCCCACCUGCUGCCGUCCCAGCUGCUGCAUCUCCAGUUGUUGCCGUCCCAGCUGCUGUGUGUCCAGUUGUUGCCGACCCAGCUGCUGUGUGCCUAGCUGCUGCCGCCCUUGCUCUGGUGGUUCCAGCUGUUGUGGAGCUAGCUGCUGCCACCCCAGCUGCUGCAUUUCUAGCUGCUGCCGCCCCUCCUGCUGUGUGCCUUCCUGCUGCCGCCCUAGCUGCUGUGUGUCCAGCUGCUGCAGGCCCUCUUGUUGCAUCUCCAGUUGCUGCUGCCCCACCUGCUGCCAGACCACCUGCUGCCGCCCAGCAUGUUCUAGUGGUUCUUGCUGCUGA